AUGUCGUUUUCGAGUAAGAGCCGCCAUGCCCACUGCGACGUUCGCGCUAAUGGCUAUAGGAUCGUCGCCGUCCACGGCCUUGGGGCACAUCCGGAAUACACCUGGACAAGUGCCCCUUCGAGUGCGACCGACUCGGAAGAUGGAAAGCGCGUCCACCUGCUGAGAGAUCUUUUAAAAAAUGACUUCCUGAACGCAAGGAUCCUGGCUUUUGCCCACAACUCCGACUGGUUGAUCGAUGCCCCGGUCAAGUCAGCGCAGCAGAUCGGCGACCGAUUGCUGAAAGAGUUGGUGAAGCAUCGGUUACAACAUCAGUGCGUUCCGAUCGUCUUCAUCGGCCACAGUUUCGGGGGCAUCAUCAUAAAAGAGGUAUGCCGCGACACCGUUCCCCUACAUGCAGACCUAAACCUUCUGCAGGCCUUGUGCAAUCCCAAGGACGCCGCGCUAGACGUCGUCGACAGCACUUGCGGCAUCGUUUUCCUCGGGACCCCUCACCAAGGGUCACCUGUAUCGCGUCUGGGGGCAGCUGCCGCCCGUGUGACCGGCCUUUUAGGGUCCAGCACUAGCCUGCUCCUCUCUCUGACGAGUUAUCGGGAACAACUCUCCGACUUAGACUUACGUUUUGUUCAGUGUAUGAAGGAGAAAGAGAGUCGACGACAGAAGACCGAGAUCGUAGCUUUCUGCGAAACAAAGCCCACACGCGUGCUGGGAUGGCUAUCUGCCGGCCUGAAGUUUGUCGUCGGCAAACUACGCACUGUGGAAGGCGCCGCGUUCAACUCCCAUGCGAACGAACACGUCGCGACUUGUCUCGAAAACACGCGCCAUGAGCUGCUCGAGGAGAUCAACCAAUGGGCUGACGGCCCAAUGACUCGCGAGCAUAUAUACUGGCUUCAAGGGAAGGCCGGCACCGGCAAGUCAACAAUUGCUCGUACCGUGGCCCGUGACCUUGCCGCCCAGGAUCGUCUCGCGGCCAGCUUCUUCUUUAAGAGGGGUGAAUCCGAUCGCGGUACCGCCCGGCUCUUCUUCACGACUAUUGCUGUCCAACUCGUCCAGUGUCUGCCUGUAGUGGCUGAGUAUGUGCGAAACGCCAUUGAAGCUGACCCUAAUAUCGCCGAAAGGGCGCUGGGAGAUCAGUUCAGAAAACUCAUCCUGGAGCCAGUAGAGGCCGUCCCACAUAGUGUUUCUAGGGCCAUGACGGUCGUGAUCGAUGCUCUCGAUGAAUGCGAGGGAGGCCAGGACGUCGCGGCGGUUAUCAAGUUACUACUGCAGAAGGAUCGUCCAGUAGUAGCCCCCUUGAAGUUCUUCGUCACAAGCAGGUUUGAGCCUCCAAUUCGGCUUGCUUUGCACGAUUUCCACGGCAAUUAUAUAGAGUUUCCUCUCCACGAGAUCCCGAUUCCCCAGAUCAAGCGAGACAUCGAAGCCUUUUUGAAGUUUCGGCUAGAACAAAUCCGGGACACACUCAAUAUGCCCAAAGGUUGGCCCGAUCCAGCGAAAUUGCAAGAUCUCGCGAAGCAAACCGUGCCACUAUUCAUCUCCGCCGUAACCGCGUGUCGGUUUAUCGGCGAAAGGCGGCGCCGCGGUGGACCUAAUGAGCGGCUGGAAAAAUUUCUUAAAUGCCAAACUGACGGUCAAAGCUACGACGCAACCUACCGUCCCGUCAUGGACCAGAUGCUUGGUCUUGACAGACAAGCGGAUGAAGAGUUGAUAGAGGAUUUCAAAGAAAUUGUAGGGUCAAUCAUCACAAUUGCCGACCCUCUCUCAGCCACGUCUCUUGAACGACUUCUGGAAAAGUCAACAGACGACCUUGACAGGCUUCUAGAUUACCUUCACUCGGUUCUCCUCAUCCCAGACGAUAGAACAGUUCCUAUUCGACUCUUUCAUCAGUCGUUUCGAGAUUACCUCAUCAACCCUCAGGGUGGCGCAAAUGAAUUCCGGGUUGAUGAGAAGGCCACUCACAAGAUGCUUGCAGACAGAUGUCUUCGGCUGCUCUCCGAAGGUGGCUAUCUAAAAAAUGACAUCUGUGGACUAAGAGCACCUGGGAAACCUCGUACUAUCGUCGACCAGCAAACGAUUGACCGGUGCCUGCCAUCAGAAGCUCGAUAUGCGUGCCUUUACUGGGUGCAUCACUUGAAGGGUAGCGGAGUUACGCUUCAUGAUGAACACCAAGCGCUCCAAUUCCUUCAGAGCCACUUCCUUCACUGGCUUGAAGCCUUGAGCUUCAUGGAGAGGAUAUCGGAGAGCAUCAGCCUAAUAGACGAGUUACAGGGCCUAGUUGAUGGCGACCACCAUUCCGCAGUGUCUGAUUUUCUGCAUGAUGCAAAACGCUUUAUUCUUAAAAAUCGCCAGAUAGCCGAUGAUGCGCCUCUCCAGCUUUAUUGCUCAGGGCUGAUAUUUGCACCGCAUACGUCAAUAAUUCGUAGAGAGUUCAAAACAGAACUCCCUACUUGGGCAUGCCAGCUGCCACAAGUUGAGGAAAGAUGGAGUGCAGAGUUGCAGACUCUCGAGGGCCAUUCAGGGUCGGUUUAUUCGGUGGCCUUUUCGCCCGACGGCCAGAUGCUGGCGUCUGGGUCUGACGAUAAGACAGUGCGGCUCUGGGACACUGCGACGGGCGCCCUGCAACAGACUCUCGAGGGCCAUUUGGUCGCCUUCUCGCCCGACGGCCGGAUGCUGGCGUCUGGCUUUGACGAUGAGACAGUGCAGCUCUGGGACGCUGCGACGGGCGCCCUGCAACAGACUCUUAAGGGCCAUUUGGUCGCCUUCUCGCCCGACGGCCGGAUGCUUGCGUCUGGGUCUGACGAUGAGAUAGUGCGGCUCUGGGACGCUACGACGGGCGCCCUGCAACAGACUCUCGAGGGCCAUUCAGGGUCGGUUUAUUCGGUGGCCUUCUCGCCCGACGGCCGGAUGCUGGCGUCUGGGUCUGACGAUGAGACAGUGCAGCUCUGGGACGCUACGACGGGCGCCCUGCAACAGACUCUCGAGGGCCAUUCAGGGUGGGUUUAUUCGGUGGCCUUCUCGCCCGACGGCCGGAUGCUGGCGUCUGGCUCUUCCGAUAAGACAGUGCGGCUCUGGGACACUGCGACGGGCGCCCUGGAAGAGACUCUCGAGGGCCAUUCAGGGUUGGUUUAUUCGGUCGCCUUCUCGCCCGACGGCCGGAUGCUGGCGUCUAGGUCUAACGAUAACACAGUGCGGCUCUGGGACACUGCGACGGGCGCCCUGCAACAGACUCUCGAGGGCCAUUCGGUCGCCUUCUCGCCCGACGGCCGGAUGCUGGCGUCUGGCUCUUCCGAUAAGACAGUGCGGCUCUGGGACACUGCGACGGGCGCCCUACAACAGACUCUCGAGGGCCAUUCAGGGUUAGUUUAUUCGGUGGCCUUCUCGCCCGACGGCCGGAUGCUGGCGUCUGGCUCUGACGAUGAGACAGUGCAGCUCUGGGACGCUGCGACGGGCGCCCUGCAACAGACUCUCAAGGGCCAUUCAGGGUUGGUUCGUUCGGUCGCCUUCUCGCCCGACGGCCGGAUGCUGGCGUCUGGGUCUGACGAUAACACAGUGCGGCUCUGGGACACUGCGACGGGCGCCCUACAACAGACUCUCAAGGGCCAUUCGGUCGCCUUCUCGCCCGACGGCCGGAUGCUGGCGUCUGACUCUGGCCUCCACUAUAAGACAGUGCGGCUCUGGGACACUGCGACGGGCGCACUGCAACAGACUCUCAAGGGUUAUUCGGUCGCCUUCUCGCCCGACGGCCGGAUGCUGGCGUCUGACUCUGGCUUUCACUAUAAGAUAGUACAGCUCUGGGACGCUGCGACGGGCGCCCUGCAACAGACUCUCGAGGGCCAUUCAGGGUGGGUUUAUUCGGUGGCCUUCUCGCCCGACGGCCGGAUGCUGGCGUCUGGGUCUGACGAUAACACAGUGCGGCUCUGGGACACUGCGACGGGCGCCCUACAACAGACUCUCAAGGGCCAUUUAGGGUUGGUUUAUUCGGUGGCCUUCUCGCCCGACGGCCGGAUGCUGGCGUCUAACUCUGACGAUAUCACGGUGCGGCUCUGGGACACUGCGACGGGCGCCCUACAACAGACUCUCGGGGACCAUUCGGUCGCCUUCUCGCCCGACGGCCGGAUGCUGGCGUCUAACCCUGGCUUCCACAUUGAGCCAGUGCGGCUCUGGGACGCUGCGACGGGCGCCCUGCAACAAACUCUCAAGGGCGAUUCAGGGUCGGUUUCUUCGGUGGCCUUCUCGCCCGACGGCCGGAUGCUUGCGUCUGGCUCUUCCGAUAAGACAGUGCGGCUCUGGGACACUGCGACGGGCGCCCUGCAACAGACUCUUAAGGGCCAUUUAGGGUCGGUUCGUUCGGUCGCCUUCUCGCCCGACGGCCGGAUGCUGGCGUCUGGGUCUGACGAUCAGACAGUGUGGCUCUGGGACACUGCGACGGGCGCCCUGCAACAGACUCUCGAGGGCCAUUCAGGGUCGGUUGGUUCAGUCGCCUUCUCGCCCGACGGCCGGGUGCUAGCGUCUGACUCUAGCUCCUACGAUGAGACAGUGCGGCUCUGGGACGCUGCGACGGGCGCCCUACAACAGACUCUUAAGGGCCAUUCAGGGUCGGUUCGUUCGGUCGCCUUCUCGCCCGACGGCCGGAUACUGGCGUCUGCUGGCUCUGGCGAUGAGACAGUGCGGCUCUGGGACGCUGCGACGGGCGCCCUGCAACAGACUCUCGAGGGCCAUUCAGGGUCGGUUAGUUCGGUCGCCUUCUCGCCCGACGGCUGGAUACUGGCGUCUGGCUCUGGCGAUAAGACAGUGCGGCUCUGGGACGCUGCGACGGGCGCCCUACAACAGACUCUCGAGGGCCAUUCAGAUGUGGUUUAUUCGGUCGCCUUCUCGCCCGACGGCCGGAUACUGGCGUCUGCUGGCUGUAGCGAUCAGACAGUGCGACUCUGGGACGCUGCGACCGGUGCCCUACAACAGACUCUCAGGGGCCAUUCACACAUGGUUUCGUCGGUCGCCUUCUCGCCCGACGGCCGGAUGCUGGCGUCUAGCUGCUUCGAUGAGACAGUGCGGCUCUGGGACGCUGCGACGGGCGCCCUGCAACAGACUCUCAAGGGCUAUUCGGUCGCCUUCUCGCCCGACGGCCGGAUGCUUGCGUCUGGCUCUGGCGAUGAGACAGUGCGGCUCUGGGACACUGCGACGGGCGCCCUGCAACAGACUCUCAAGGGCCAUUCAGGGUCGGUUCGUUCGGUGGCCUUCUCGCCCGACGGCCGGAUGCUUGCGUCUGGCUCUGGCGAUAAGACAGUGCGGCUCUGGGAGACUGCGACAGGUGCCCUGCAACAGACUUUGAGUGUCGGAGGGAUUCCCGCCUUUUUUAAAUUUUCUCCGACUGGUUCGUAUCUCUGGAUGAACUUGGGUUCACUCGAGAUUCAACCUAAGUGUUAUACUGGUACACCUCAUGUGAAUCUGGAGAUCUUUAUCGAGCAGAGACAGUGGCUGUUCGGCGAUUCACGGUAG